GCCAGCUCCACCGCUUGGAGAAAUUCACCAUGGGAAAGAGGAGUCACACAUGCAUUUUGAGCUUCUUCCCCUGAAAUCCUGCGUCGAGUCUCAGCAAAUCGUCCCUCUUCACCAUACUGUUCGGUUUGUCUUCAACAUGGCGUCGGGCACGGGCGUCGCAAGCGCCGACAAUAGCAUUCUACCCGACGAACCAGCAACACCAAUGGCCGUCAUGAAAGACGAGAAUACGCCCACAGCCAACAGCGAUGCACGCGUCGAAGCGGUCGACCCUGCAGACUCUUACAGCAAGUUCGGGCCCAAGCAGCGCCUGGUCAUCAUCGCCAUCGCCAGCACCAUCGGCGUGUUGAGCCCAUUGAGCUCCAACCUGUACACGCCCGCCAUCCCAGCCGUCGCCAAGGACCUGGGGGUGUCGACCGACGCCAUCAACCUGACCAUCACCUCGUACCUGGUCCUGCAGGGCAUCAGCCCCACGCUAUGGAGCGUCAUUGGUGACAACACAGGCCGUCGGUUGCUCUACCUCAUCGCCCUGACCGUGUACCUGGGGUCGUGCGUCGGCCUCGCCCUGUCCCCCAACUACCCGUCCGUCCUCGCCCUGCGCGCCGUCCAGGCCGUGGGGUCAGCCUCCACGACGGCCAUCGGGGCUAGCCUGAUUGGCGAUCUGAUCCACGUCAGCCAGCGCGGCGGCUGGAUGGGUAACUACAGCGCAAUGGGAGGCGCCGGCACCGCGUUUGGCCCCGUGCUCGGCGGCCUCUUUGCUCAGUACACGGGGUGGCGGGGUAUGUUUGUGUUUAUGGCUGCCCUGGCCGCCUUUUUGUUGAUGACCACGGCGUUUUUGCUGCCCGAGACCAAGCGCGACAUUGUCCACGAUGGCUCCGUGCCGGCUCCGUGGUAUCUGCAAGCCCCCAUCAAGUGGCUGGAUGCUCCCAAGUCUACUGGCCACGCCACAGGGAGGGCGACUGCCGGCAAGUUCAAAAUAGACCUCAAGGCCCCCGUGCGCCUGCUUGUCGAGCCCGAAUGUCUCUGCGUGGUCCUCUUCACCGGUGUCAUCUUUGCCGUCUGGCAAGCAACCAUGGUGGCCACGGCGACCCUGUACUCUGAGCGCUACGACCUGAGCGAGACAAACAUUGGACUGACCUACAUCUCCAACGGCGUUGGCUCUCUCUGCGGCAGCAUCCUCACUGGGAAGCUGCUGGACCGCGAGUACAAAAGACAGCUGCAGAGGGAGAAGACGCAGGACGAGGGGAAUGAAGAGCAACAGCCUCGCCAGCAAGAGGUGCAACACAUUGAGCUGGCGCGCAUCAAGCCAUUGAUCAUACCUACAGUUGUUUUCCUCGUCUCGGUCGUGGCUCUUGGUUGGAUAAUGGAAUACCACGUUCACAUUGCUGCAUCUAUCACCAUCGCCUUCUUUGUGGGUGGUCUCAGCACCAUUGUCUUUGCUGGUUUUUCAAUCCUCAUCGUCGACCUGUUCAAGAGCCAGAGUUUCAGCGCCACAGCUUCGAUGAACCUCUCGCGCUGUCUUAUCGCGUCUGGUGGGACUGCAGCCAUCGGUCCCUUGAUCCGCGCUGUUGGUGUGGGCUGGGCGUUUACCAUCUGCGCGGCCGUUGGUCUGGCAUCUUGCUCUCUUGCGUUGGCCGAGUUGUGGAGGGGAAGACACUGGCGGGCGAAGCGAAAUGCCGCAAAGCAAGUAUAGAUGAGCGAGGAUUGCGGGGAUUAUGUGGAUCGAGGCGGGUUAAAGCACAAGUUGCGCCUCAUAACAUGUGUAUAGGUUUCGAGAAUAGCCAAAAACGUCGAAUAAAACCAUCAAAUGAUCAGCUA